GUGUUUGGGCUUACCCGCCGCCUGGUCAGUGGACGAACGCGUCUGGCGGUGGCGGCGGUCUGCCUAUGCGUCCUGGUCCUCUCUUUCUCGCUGGUGGUCAGCCCGCUGGUGUCGAUGGAGGCGACUGGCACGCAAGCGGUGCCCACGGUGCAGGUCAACAGCAACCACCGUCGGCUUCUACAGUUCCCGACUCUGUCCGUCGAGAUCGACCGGCUCAAGGGUCUGGUCGCUUCAUUGGUGGCAAUCGGGGACCAGGAGGCCACCAACAAGUACCGCAUCAUGCUGGGCGAGAAGGAGUCGGCGCUGCUUGCUGCCAGAGCUCCGCCUCCCCUCGAACAGCAGGUUAACCGCGCCUUCCACAACAUGCGCACGCUCGAGGCUUGUCUUGGAAAAGCUGUCGGGCAGUUCGAGGCGACCCAGAAGCUGUUGGCAGAGCAAAGAGAGCGAGUGCAGUCUAUUUCCAGUGAAUUGGAGCAGGCAGAGGCAAAGCAUAAAGAGUUGGUGCAACGUGAAAAGAAGGAGCUGGCGGACAGGACUACCGCUCUGCAGGUGCAGCUUCGCGAGGCUGCUACCAGACUGUUCGGGUCUGCGGCGGAGAACCUCGAGAAGUUCAAG